AGCGCUCCUCAUCCACACACAGCAGAGCCAAACAGAGACACACACACACACAUACACACACUGCGGGCAUCUCCUCUGUUCCAUCAGCAGCCGAGCGCUACCGCAUCCGCCUGACUGCUGCUCCUGCUGCUGCUGCUGCCAGAAGAGGAGGCGGGCGGGACGGAGGACCUGUCCUGGACCCUCGCUUUGCUUUUUUGUGCACUUUAACUGAGCCGGACCACGCGCAAUCAUGAUGUCCAUGAACAGCAAACAGCCUCAUUUCGCCAUGCACCCAAGCUUACCUGAGCACAAGUACACAACUCUGCACUCGAGCUCGGAGGCGAUCAGGAGAGCCUGUCUGCAAACUCCACAGCUGCAGAGCAACAUCUUCGCCAGUCUGGAUGAGACGCUCUUGGCCCGCGCCGAAGCUCUGGCGGCCGUGGACAUCGCGGUGUCCCAGGGUAAGAGUCACCCGUUCAAGCCCGACGCCACGUACCACACGAUGAACACCGUGCCAUGCUCGUCCACCUCCACCGUGCCACUCGCCCACCACCACCACCACCAUCACCACCACCACCACCAGAACCUGGAGCCGGCCGACCUCAUGGAGCACAUCACCUCGCCGUCGCUCGCGCUCAUGCCCAGCGCGCACGAAGGAGCCGGUGGAGGAGGCGGCGGGGGCGGCGGCGGGGGCUUGAUCUCCACGUCGGCCCAUCCGCACUCGCACAUGCACGGGCUCACCCACCUGUCCCACCAGGCUGCUAUGAACAUGAACUCGCCGCUCUCUCACCACGGGCUCUUGCCGGGCCACCACGGCGGUGCGCACCAGGGCGCGCCGGGACUCAUCAACAACGGACUGCCCUCAAUUAACGACUCGGACACGGACCCGAGGGAGCUGGAGGCGUUCGCGGAGCGCUUCAAACAGCGGAGGAUCAAACUCGGGGUGACUCAGGCGGACGUUGGGGGCGCGCUGGCCAACCUGAAGAUCCCAGGCGUGGGCUCGCUGAGCCAAAGUACCAUUUGUCGCUUCGAGUCGCUAACUCUGUCGCACAACAACAUGAUCGCCCUCAAACCCAUCCUCCAGGCGUGGCUGGAGGAGGCCGAGGGCGCCCAGCGCGAGAAAAUGAGCAAACCCGACAUUUUCAACGGCAGCGAGAAGAAGCGCAAGCGGACCUCCAUAGCGGCCCCGGAGAAACGAUCUCUGGAGGCGUAUUUCGCGGUGCAGCCUCGGCCGUCCUCAGAGAAAAUCGCGGCUAUAGCUGAGAAAUUGGACCUCAAAAAGAACGUGGUGCGAGUAUGGUUUUGCAACCAAAGACAAAAACAGAAGAGGUUGAAAUUUUCCGCGGCUCACUGAUGGACUACUUCUAGAAAACAAACAAAAACUGAAAGAAAAAUAAGACUUUUGGGGACCAAGGAACAUCGCUUUGGCUCAAACGCGUGUGCUCAUGAUUAGUACCGUUUUGUUUUCACAACUCAUGUUUCUUUUCACUGUACUGGUGAAUGUCAAGUAUGCAAAUAACAGGUAAUCCAGAUGAACUACUUUUUCUGCGGUUCAACUCUUAGAUACGACCUGCUUUCUGUUUCGUCCCGAUGAAUGACGAGAAAUAGCCAUUGAUGGAUUACCUCAUAGUUUAAUUCUAUUCUUAUUUAUUUAUUUAUUUAUUUAUUUAUUUAUUUAAUUACAUUCAGCAUUAUAUUUGUGUACUUAUUCAUUCGUAACAGGGAACUGCUAUAUUUUUGAUUAUUAAAUGUGUUAAAAGCGGAUCCCUUUUUCACAGUCUUGCUGAUCAACUAAUGUUAUCAUUCAGUGUUUCAAAGGUCUGCUCUGACGAAUACACAACCGAAUAGUUCAUGAAAACGAAGGAAAGUAUACAGAGUCCCUUUUAAAUAAUAAAGGUGGCAACCACCGCUCGUAUUUGUUGAAAUUGCACUGAAAUCUACUGUUAUUUAGAUUGGUUAGAUAUAUUCAUAUGCUUUUGUAUAUAAAUAUAAAUAUACGUACAAAUGACACCUGCUCACCGUGCAAAACUCAACUCCCAAUUUUUUUAUUUUCUAUUUAUUCAGAUUUUCUUAUUGUGAUUUUGGCAAAUCAGAAUUCCUCCUCUGCGGAUUUUAGUUAACACGCAUGAUAAAGAUGAUUAUACUUACAGUCUAAAUGAAAUUGUCCUGAAAGUUAUUAUUUUGUUGGUUUGUAUACUUUGGUUUGCAGUGCAAACAUUCUAUGCAUUGAAAGAAAAAAAAAUACCAAGCACUACAUAGAGUAUCUACUGGUAGACCUUUGUGGAUGGUGUAAGUCACUGUUUAAUGCCUGUUUUCACAUAAAGACACAACGUUGUUUGUCGUGUUAAUUGUUAUGAAAAGAAAAAGAGUUGUGAUGAUUUUAUUUUGUGCACAAGUAUGUUUACAAACAGCGGCCACGUGCGCAUCACGAGACGUCUCACUCUGUCAUACCUGUGCA